UGUUUCAGAGAUGCCUGUGACAGACUUUGGAGGUAUAGCAUUUGUCUUAAACUUUUCUAUUGGCACAGGCCUCCUCCUUGCCUGGAGGAGCCUCUCUCUGUCUUCCAGGGAUGAGGUCGUCCAUCUCCUUGCUGAAUAGCAGCUCUGUCUUUCUGUGCUGGGGAGACCAAUGCUAAUUGUCACAUUUGGAGGCAGUAGCUGUGCUUUCAGGAAGAGCUCCCAGUGACAUCCCACAGGACAGUGGGUAUGGAGUGAGAAUUUCUCUUCCCCAGCAUUGCCUACAAGGGACUAUAAAGAUGAGGCACUGCUACUACAACGAGAGCGUGGGGUUCUUCUACAACAACAGCCACAAGGAGCUGACCUCCUACUGGAGGACCAAGGACGUCCUGGUCGUUGCCCUGGGCCUGACAGUCAGCGUCAUUGUGCUCCUGACCAACCUGCUGGUCAUCAGCGCCAUCGUUAUCAACCGGCGCUUCCACUACCCCAUCUACUACCUGCUGGGGAACCUGGCGGCGGCGGACCUCUUCGCAGGCAUUGCCUACAUGUUCCUCAUGUUCCACACGGGGCCCAGGACAGCAGGGCUCUCCCUCCAGACCUGGUUCAUCCGGCAGAGCCUCCUGGACACCAGCCUGACUGCCUCGGUGGUGAACCUGCUGGCCAUCGCAGUGGAGAGGCACCAGACUGUCUUCACCAUGCAGCUGCACAGCUCCAUGUCCAACCAGCGCGUGGUGAUCCUGAUCAUCUGCAUUUGGGUCACAGCCCUGCUGCUGGGCCUCAUCCCGUCCUAUGGCUGGCACUGCCUGUGCGACCUGGGCAACUGCUCCAGGAUGGCGCCCCUCUACAGCAGGAGCUACUUGACCUUUUGGGCCCUCUCCAACCUGGUCAUCUUCCUGAUCAUGGUGGUCGUCUACACUCACAUCUUUGUCUAUGUCAAGCGGAAGAUGACGCGCAUGUCCAAGCACACUAGCUUCCACCCCCGCUACAAGGAGACCAUGAUCAAUCUCAUCAAAACUGUCAUCAUCAUUCUCAGUGCCUUCGUUAUCUGCUGGACUCCAGGCCAGGUGCUGCUCCUGCUGGAUGGCCUGGCCUGCGAGAGCUGUAAUGUGCUGGCAAUGGAGAAGUAUGUCCUCUUGCUGGCAGAGAUCAAUUCGCUCAUCAACGCCAUUGUCUACUCCUAUCGGGACAAUGAGAUGCGCAGCACCUUCCGGAGGAUCCUCUGCUUUAUCUGCUACAGGAAUCCCAAAUACUCUCCCGCGUCGGUCAAGUCCAACGUCCCGAAACGCAGGAUUCUCUCUCAGAAUGGCCAUUCUACCAUGGACUCCUCGCUGUAGGAGCCUAGCUCAGGGUUCAUCCGCAUGGCUCCAUAGUGACCAGCCGAGAACAGAGACCUGGGGUGACCUGUUUGUCAAGCAGAAGAACCUUUUAAAAAAAACUAAACUUGUUUGAAAGCAUAAUUGUUUGGAUAAAGAGUAGGGUCCGCAGAAUAGGGCAAAAAGCUGUUAAGGCAGAGCCAAGCAGUGCCUGGCUUGGCACCGACAGACUUGGAGUUACAUACCCACUAUUAAAGAGGUGCUGUUUUUAACAGCACUGUUGAUUUAAUCUAGUAGCCUCCAAAAGACAUGCUGCUUGUUAACCGAGAUGCUUGUACAAGUAUUUCUACAUGAGACACGUAUUGUCUUAGUUCUUCAGUAUUACUACCUACAGGAAUGGUCGUUCCAAUGCUGUGGUAUUCCAGGGCCAAAGCCCAAAGUCCUUUUGCUUAAUCUGUCCUUACUUAUUGAUAUCAGCAAGAGCUUUGCUUGAGACUUUUGCCUGAGAGACUUCUGACCCACAGAUUUUGAAAAUCCUGUUCUCUUCAAGGUGUCUCUAGGGAAGAUCUAGUUUAUGUGAAUUCCUUUAUGAGAAGCAGUUUGUUACUGAAUUUCCAAGUCUUGUGGGCUUUUCCAGAUUGCCCAAGGAACACCUCCCACUUUCCUGAGCUAGAGAGUUAAGCUGCAGCUAAAAGCUCCAAGAGCAUUGUGUUUUGUUACAUGUACUACACAGUACUUCAUAGUCUUGACUGCAAAUUCAUUGCCUUUCAUGAAGAUGCAGUGAGUCAUGUUCCCAUGAAACUAACCCUUUCCACUCACUAAGAGCCCUUUCGACAGCUUUGUGUUGGAGUCUGAGGCAAUCAGCACUUUCCCCUAGUUUUUAAUGUGCAGAUUGUAGCUUAACCCUCAAUUGUUCAAAUAGCGUGUAAACACCAUCAUUUCAAAUGUGGUCUGAAAGGCGAACCAAGACCUCUUUUUGUCUCCGCGCAGCACAGAAACAAGAAGCAUUUCUCACCAUCAAUAUGCUUAGAGCCAAAUUCUCUGCUGGAGUAACUCCAUUGAUUUCAGUGGGUUUAUGGCACCAGAGUAUUUGCCUCUUGAAAUGUAUGUGAACCCUGUGAUAAUAUACGUUGUGUGAUUGUCAUUUUGGUGCCCCCUACUGGAGGCAGACAUUUUGCUAUAGAGAGAAUAUUUGUGACACUGGCUGUGUGGUAGACUAAACAAUUCUCCGAACUUCUUCCAUGUCAUUAACAAAACUUUAGGAUGAGAUUUGCAAAAGCACGCAGUGUUCGCCUGAGUCUGCUCCCACAGUAGCAAUGGGGGUUUUACCCUUGGCUCCACUGGGGGCGGUGGUAGACCAACACCUAUAACCUUUAACACAAAAUAUUUAAAUUUUUAAAAAUUAAAGAGCCUGAUCCUUUCAGGUGCUGAGCUCCCUCAACUCCCACUAACAUCCGCAUGUCUCAGGAUCGGGUCCAAUGUUGUUUGGGGGAUUGCCAAUGUUACAAUCGUAGUUACUUCUGUUUAGCUAGAUGACUGUCACGAGCAGUGGCUCAGAAAUCCAGAUACAACUAAGAAACAGCUUUCAGACAUGUUGCAUAGCUUAGUCAUGCUUGGAAAGCUUUUACCUUUUAAACUUCCGUGUCAUGGAGCUGAGAGAAAAUGGGCAGUGCUUUGCUUGAUUGGCAGAGGAUUUUUGUAUCUAAAUAUUUUCCACCAAAAAGAAAAGAGAUUAACCCUGUAGAACAGAUGCAGUUGCACCCAAGGACUUUACGGGCUAAAUUCUCUACUGGUGCAGAUUCGCACAGCUCUGUUGAAGUCAGUGGCCAAUUUCCACUAGCAAUGAGGUGGAUCCUAUAUUUGUAGACUCCUGGGUUUUGUCACUGGUGGUCUGCUGUGCCCAGUUCAAACCUAACAAUUUUCCUACAGCUUCUGCAAAAAGCCUUGAAGCAGCAAGGCAAUAAAAGUUUCCUCUGUCAGAAAAGCAAAGCAAAAUUAUAUUUGAAAUAUUUGUCCAGGCUUCCUCUUUUAUUAACAGGGUAAAAUAAUUAAAAGUGUGCAUUAGUUGUGGUGUUUAGCUGUGGGAUUGGUACCAAAAUUAUUUCCAGGGGAAAACCAUUGGCUGUGUGCUGGUUAUGAAUUAAUCUUUGUAGCGGAUGAAAUGACAUGCAGCCCUUCAAGAACUGCAGUUGGCUUUUAUGCCCAAUUGGGCCUUUAAUACGUUGUGCACAUUCCUCCCAGAGAGCUCAGCUAACUAGCCUGACCUCACCCAGUCUGCUGGGCUGCAGCUGUUGCACUGUUACAGAGAGCAAUUAAGUCCACUCUUACAAGUAGUUUCCUGCAGGUGUCUCAGUGGAGGAAGGGAAGUUGUUAAUAAUAAUUAAUAAUAAUUUUCCUUUAUUUGACACUUUACUGCCACCAUAUAGAAGAUCAUCUUUGUUUUUCUGUAUUUUUAACUAGUUUAUUUAAAACUAGCCUCAGAGCCGAACCUGUAUUAGCAGUGACAGAUUGUUGUACGUGAGUUCUUGUUGGUUCUAAUGGCUUGUGCCAGCCAGACACUCCCCUCUGAUUGCCCUGCCUUAGAGCUUGUCGGUACGUUAUCUGUAACAAUGGAGUUGGAGGGUUGAGUAAUGACUAUGCAAAAGUUCAGCCUAUGAUUUAUUCUCCUUCUUCAGAAUGCACCUCCCCAACCCAAUAAAGACAGUGACUAUAAAGAGAGAGACAUGGCCCAUAUCUCCUCUGAAUGACAGCUGUCACUCAUUCUGAAUGGAAAGAGAGUGGCUUGAGUCUUUAAUGAGGUUUCUCUUCCUGAGUGACUUAACCCUUAGAAAUCGAGCUGAUUUCCAAGUAGAUCUAAUAGAUCAGGGAGAGGGAAAAUAAGCGUAGAAGCAGUAGUGGAAAUGUCAGAUGAAACUUGAAAGGAAAGGGACAGUCAGUGAGUCAAGAUUGGCAGGUGCAGACACAAACCACCUAGCAAUGGAGAUAAAUGGUGUAUAUGGAGUCCACAUGAUUAAAAGAGGACCGGAGGCUGUUCAGUACUCAGUACAAGAAAUUCACUUUCCAGGAAACACAAAGCCCUUACCUAAUUACAUGGAGACAGGAAGUACCCUUUUAUGUUAAAUUUCCCAUUCUUCGUGGUGAGUCUAACGACAUGCUUUGCAGAGCAGGUUGUAAUGUUUUCUACUAAAAUGUUAGCUUCGUAGAGGCUACUUACAGACUCCAGAAAUAACUUUCUCAUUGCACAUGAAUGAGAUGCUGUAAAGUGCAUGUGAGUUUUGUUCUUUAUUGUCACACUGGAUUCAUGACACACUGUACCUGUGCUGUUCAUUUCACCUCGGUUGUCUUAGCUCAGUGUUCAAGACAAAAAAGGAGGCAAUAUUGACAGCAAAGCUAGCAUCCCUUACUCUCUUCAUCUCAAGAAGAAAAAUAAUGGAUUUCUAAUGUUGAAGUAUGAACCUCCCUUUGAAGUUUCAUCAUCUACUUUUUCAAACUUCUAAUGAGAAAAUCUUCCUGCAGCCUGAAAUUGGCCAGCAGUGUAUUGCUCUAGAUGUCAGAGAUGCAUGUGGCUAUGACAGACUCAUUGACCAUUGGGUAGAAGGAAGGAAAAGACACCUAGGAGCUGUUUUUAAGGGAUCAGAUAUGGGAUAUGUGAGAACACACAGCUUGAUCAAAGCUAGGCCAUGUGGUUCCAGGAAUGAGGGGUCGUGCCUUGCUGGCGGGCUGGAAUUUUUUAAGCAAUUUACUGCCUAAAGUCAUACAAGCGCAAUUCUGAAAGGAGGCUAACACUGAAGGUGUGGUUCAAGUUUUGUUUGUUGGAACAAACACUGGAAGAAGUGGGAGAGAUGAGGAAUUGUUCAAUAAGGGGAAAUUAUUUGUGAAGAUCCCAAAGGCUCACCCAUCCUUCUGCAACUCAGUGACUUGGGUGAUGGCUGGAUAGUAAAACAGCUGAAGUAUUGUGGGCAGGGCCAACUGAAAGGGAGAACCCUAGCGGGCCAAACUCUCCAGAUACACCUCUGCUCCUCUAAGAGGGUAGUAGGUAUUUUCAGUUCUCAUCUAUUGUUGCUCAGUAUCAAGCAGCUGGGAGCAAUAGAAGUCUAGCGUUAUUUUUAACAAGUAGAGAACACUUGGGCUAGGCAGAGGGAAGUUGUGUAAGGCUAGCCAGGAGACAGCCAGUGCUUAGAGGAUUAUGGGGUCAGUAAAGCAAUGGCUCAAAUAGCUUUUUCUUUCUUUCUGGCUUGGGACAUGUUUUAAUAUAGUUGCAAAGCCUGGCUUCUUUCUGCCACGGAAAGUGCGUGCCCAACAGAGGUAAUUCAGGAAAGAAAGAUCACAUUGACUUUACAUCAGGUCUUUCCUGCAGUAUUUCUGUGUGUAAGAAGCUUUCCAUUGUGCGCUGUAAGUCAUACAGGCAAUAUUUGUUUUGGCUGAUAUAAACAUACAUACAUGCUAGUUGCAGACAUCAGUUGAGUUUCCUGAAUACAGGUUGCUCAGGGAAUCACAGGUAAAGUCAUUUGACAGUUGCUCUAGUGCACAGCAUAUGGGUGUGAAUGCUACAUGGGGAGCGGAAGUGAAAGAGAUCAUCCAGGGCUUGCAUGCUACAGCUCAAGAGCCCAACUUCCAAAGGAGCUUUUGAAUGGAGCCCCUUUGCAGCCAGGUUUGGCUCUGGGCACCUUGAAACUGUGCUGGGAAGGAAGAUUAAUGACAUCAAUUCAAUUAGCAGAAACCUUAAGCCAGGGCCAAAAUUUCCUAACUUUCAAGCCUAAAGUUAGAUACUGAGCUGGUGGAUAAGUAGUCUCAUUUUCAGAUGGGCUUAGCCCAUGCAGCUCCCAUUAGUGCCUGACCUUAGGCAUGCAAAUUUGAAAAAAUUGGCCCAAAAUCUUAUCUGCUCUGCAUGAACAGUAAGCUCCUGAUUCCCAUUCACAGUAAGGCCCCUCUGCAUGCUAGAGGGGCGCAGAGGGACCCUGGUGUAAAUAAAGUGAUUGAUUGCAAGAGGGGUGGCCUUGGCCUAGCUCCCUGCACUUUUUUGCAGUUUGCAGUGUCCCUGGUUGCACUGUAAUUGUUACUGUUAGUAAAGAAAUCUUAUGGGAAUGUCUCCAUUGCUGUAUCUUAGACAGUUGUUCUAAUACUAUCUGCCAUAAGCCAACCUACAACUCCUAGGAGUUAGGAGGAGCUUUCCAGCGGGCAGUUUAUCUCAUAACAGCCACUGCAGGGUCGCUGGUGCCUUCACCAGCCACCAUUUUGAGACUGGGCUGGCUGGAUGCUUGCUCUGAGCUGGGCUGGCUGUUCCUGUGUUUCUGCAUUCCUAGAACCCCACAGAGACCGUGUCACUGGGCUGAUUGUGAAAGGAGAACCGACAGCUACAUUUAAAGUGUCAGAGCUAUUGUUUUUAAAAGCGCUCAGAUACCAAGCUUAUGGGUGUAGUACAAAACGAUAGACAGGCAGAGUCAGUGCUGCUGUGGGUCUGUUCAUGACUAUCCCCAAGUGAUUCAAUAACCGACAGUGCAAUGGGAAGGUGGAGACUUCGCGCUUGAGAAUUGCGUGUUAUGUCCAUGUGAAAAACAGCCAUGUGAAUAAACUGGUAAUUCACAUAUUCUAUGAGCUGACCUCUUGUCCACAGUUGGUUUUCAUAGAUUCAUAGAUAUUAAGGUCAGAAGGGACCAUUAUGAUCAUCUAGUCCGACCUCCUGCACAACGCAGGCCACAGAAUCUCACCCACCCACUCCUGCGAAAAACCUCUCACCUAUGUCUGAGCUAUUGAAGUCCUCAAAUCAUGGUUUAAAGACUUCAAGAAAGAGAAUCCUCCAGCAAGUGACCCGUGCCCCAUGCUCCAGAGGAAGGCAAAAAACCUCCAGGGCCUCUUCCAAUCUGCCCUGGAGGAAAAUUCCUUCCUGACCCCAAAUAUGGCGAUCAGCUAAAUCCUGAGCGUAUGGGCAAGAUUCACCAGCCAGAUACCCAGGAAAGAAUUUUCUAUAGUAACUCAGAUCCCACCCCAUCUAACAUCCCAUCACAGGCCAUUGGGCCUAUUUACCAUGAAUAUUUAAGGAUCAAUUAAUUGCCAAAAUCAUGUUAUCCCAUCAUACCAUCUCCUCCGUAAACUUAUCGAGUCUAAUCUUAAAGCCAGAUAGUUCUUUUGCCGCCACUGCUUCCCUUGGAAGGCUGUUCCAGAACUUCACUCCUCUGAUGGUUAGAAACCUUUGUCUAAUUUCAAGUCUAAACUUCCCAAUGACCAGUUUAUAUCCAUUUGCUCUUGUGUCCACAUUGGUACUGAACUUAAAUAAUUUCUCUCCCUCUCUGGUAUUUAUCCCUCUGGUAUAUUUAUAGAGAGCAAUCAUAUCUCCCCUCAACCUUCUUUUAGUUAGGCUAAACACGCGAAGCUCCUUGAGUCUCCUUUCAUAAGACAGGUUUUCCAUUCCUUGGAUCAUCUUAGUAGCCCUUCUCUGUACCUGUUCCAGUUUGAAUUCAUCCUUCUUACACAUGGGAGACCAGAACUGCACACAGUAUUCCAGGUGAGGUCUCACCAGUGCCUUGUAUAACAGUACUAACACCUCCUUAUCUCUGCUGGAAAUACCUCGCCUGAUGCAUCCCAAGACUGCAUUAGCUUUUUUCACAGCCAUAUCACAUUGGUGGCUCAUAGUCAUCCUAUGAUCAACCAAUACUCCAAGGUCCUUCUCCUCCUCAGUUACUUCUAAUUGAUGCGUCCCCAGUUUAUAACUAAAAUUCUUGUUAUUAAUCCCUAAAUGCAUGACCUUACACUUCUCACUAUUAAAUUUCAUCGUAUUACUGUUACUCCAGUUUACAAGGUCAUCCAGAUCCUCCUGUAGGAUAUCCCAGUCUCUCUCUAAAUUGGCAAAACCUCCCAGCUUUGUAUCAUCUGCAAACUUUAUUAGCACACUCCCACUUUUUGUGCCGAGAUCAGUAAUAAGUUUUGAAAGCCUUUGAUCCUCCUUUCAGGCCACAAUGCAAACUGUCAAGCAUCGAAGUUUUAGUUGGAUGGUUUAGUUCUACAUUUGCCUCUGAGUCAUGGAGUUGCAUCUUUCUUUUUUUUUUAAAUCAGAUUUUUAUAAAAGGUAAUACCCAUCCAUCCUACAGCAAUUAGACCAAUGAGAGUGCACGUCUCCAAGUUACACUCCUCUAGAGCAUUACAUUAUCCAUCCAAAUGUAUCUUUUAACAUAACUCUGUAUAUGUGACACAGAGCUUAGAUUAAACACCCAGAAUAAUGAAUAGCAAUGCCCAGGCAUUAAGAAACUAAAUAAUAAAAUAAUUCACACCCCCAUCUCCUCACUCCCCACCCUGGUGCUGUAUAUAAUGAAACAAACCUACAAGUGCAGAAGACUUUUCCCCUCUAGUCCCCUGACACUGGACCCUCAAAAACUCUUAACUCCGAAUACUGAGUUGUCUUGGCAUUCUUGUGCCAUGUGAGCACUCUCCAUGUCUGUUGGCGCCAGUGAGAGCUGUGAAUGUUCAGCCUAACUUGGCGCCUCCCGAUUUUAGCCUGGCCUUACGAUUUCCAGCUUCUCACAUGGUUUUAUGAACAGGGAAAAGUAAACAGUGAAAAACUAGUUCUAAAAUGUAUUUCAAAUGUUCCUUUGGUGGUGGAGUUGGGGUGAGGGGGGGCGGUUCACAAGCACCCACCGGUGCCAGGAGAAGUUGGGGCCUAUGCUUACCAGCUCCUCCAAUUCUCACACGGAGGGUCUCCAUCGGAUUGGCAUCGCAGCAUCUGCAAUGGGCCGUUUACAACAGAUAUGGAAUCAACAUCAUCUUAGUAUGACAAUCAAGUUCAGGAUUUAUUCGAGUUGUAUCCUUCCCAUAUUGUUGUAUGGCUGCAAAACAUGGAUGUAGUCUGCAAGGGGCUCUUAGACUUAGAGGGUGUCAUGAGGCUGUUUGUGUCAGGCUGGCCAAAGAAAUAAAAUCAUCUGUCUGUAAAAUGUGGUGUUCAAAGCCCAAAAUGGGGCAUGGACCAGCCGUAUUUGGAAAAGUUUAUGUUAGAAACUAGUGGAAAAUGUGCCUUAAAAAGAACAGGAGUCCUUGUGGCACCUUAGAGACUAACAAAUUUAUUAGAGCAUAAGCUUUCGUGGGCUACAACCCACUUCAUCAGCUGCAUAGAAUGGAACAUAUAGUAAGAAGAUAUAUAUACAUACAGGGAAGUUUAGAAGUUUCCAUACAAACUGUAAGGGGCUAAUUAGUUAAGAUGAGCUAUUAUCAGCAGGAGAAAAAAACUUUUGUCGUGAUAAUCAAGAUGGCCCAUUUAGACAGUUGACAAGAAGGUGUGAGCAUACUUAACUUAGGGAAAUAGAUUCAAUAUGUGUAAUGACCCAGCCACUCCCAGUCUCUAUUCACACCCAAGUUAAUGGUAUCUAGUUUGCAUAUUAAUUCAAGUUCAGCAGUUUCUCAUUGGAGUCUGUUUUUGAAGCUUUUCUGUUGCAACAUUGCAACCCUUAAACCUUUUACUGAGUGGCCAGAGAGGUUGAAGUAUUCUCCUACCGGUUUUUGAAUGUUCUGAUUCCUGAUGUCAGAUUUGUGUCUAUUUAUUCUGUUGCGUAGAGACUGUCCGGUUUGGCCAAUGUACAUGGCAGAGGGGCAUUGCUGGCACAUGAUGGCAUAUAUCACAUUGGUCGAUAUGCAGGUGAACGAGCCCCUGAUGGCGUGACUAAUGUGAUUAGGUCCUAUGAUGGUGUCACUUGAAUAAAUAUGUGGACAGAGUAGGUUUCUGGCUUUGUUGCAAGGAUAGGUUCCUGGGUUAGUGUUUUUGGUGUGUGGUUGCUGGAGAGUAUUUGCUUCAGGUUGUGGGGCUGUCUGUAAGCGAGGACUGGUCUGUCUCCCAAGAUCUGUGAGAGUGAGGGAUCAUUUUUCAGGAUAGGUUGUAAAUCUUUGAUGCUCUGGAGAGGUUUUAAUUGCGGGCUGAAGGUGACAACUAGUGGUGUUCUGUUAUUUCCGGAUCCAGCCCGUCAGGGCUUUGGUUCCAGCCUGCAGGAUUGCCACCCCCGUGGCGCUGCGGAGCUAAGGCAGACUCCCUGCCUGCCCUGGCCCCGUGCCACUCCUGGAAGCGGCUGGCACCACGUCCCUGCAGUCCUGGGGGGGAAGGGAGGCAGAGGACUCCAUGUGCUGCCCUCACCUGCAGGCACCGUCCCCUGCAGCUUAAAAGUGAGUCCAUGUGACAGCUUCUGCAAUGCCACAGAUGCCCACAGGGUGGCAUCACAAUAGUUCAGUGGAUCAUGCCUCAGAACUUAAGCACAGAUUGUGCAGAAUGAAAGGUGGAGGUACUGACUGAAAGUCCGUAAGGAAUGCGAAGGCCAAAGCCAGGAGGAUCCCAGUGAUGCGCAAAGGAUGAGCAGUACGUUUUGUCAUAUUGUCAUGUUCCAACGUGUGAAUGUCUUGGGCUUCUGACAUCCAGACAAAAGUUGGGUAGUGAGCAAGUUACUGUAGCACCUGGAAAGAAGUGGCAAAGCCAUUCUGAAGGGAGUCAGGACAUGAUUCAUAUCUAAAAAUAAAACUCAGGGAUGACAUGCAGCGGUGAUGCUCCCAUGACAGGGAAAGCUGCUACCUAAACCCCACAAAGUGCUCUGCAGCCUGGGACUUGCCGUUUGGCACCGUGUCAAGCUGGGACGUUUUUUAUGUACAGCGUUGUUUUCUCUAUUAAAAAGCCAGAUUGAGUGUU